AUGGGAUUCGCACCGCUCACAACGACGAUCACGCCAACCGCUCUAGCACCGCGGGCGACUUCUGUUGAUCAUGACGGUACACCACCUGUAGCUGCGCUGACUACGGUAUGGACGCCUUCCGAUGGCUGCUUUCCGGUUUCUACCCGUCCUACGACGGACAUCGAUAUAUUUUGGUCUUCUAAUCCCGAAUGCGCUCCUCCUGGCUACGCUAGCUACUUCGAAACGUACUACUAUUCUCCCGCCAUAUGUCCCAGUGGGUUUACUGUUGGCUGUUCGCGAUACGGCAACUUUCAAGGCCCAUCUGUCGAACUCACUGAAACAGCUGUUCUUUGCGUUAUGAGUGAUUAUUCAUGUACUCCCGAUGAAUGGAACUACUACGCAACUAACACCGACUUAUCGUAUGCACAAGUAAUGAUACAGAUACGUUGGGCGUCGAGUGAUCUUUCUAUCUUGGAAACGCAUCCCUUGACGCCUGGCCUGACUUUAGCGGCAGGAACUUUAGGUGACGAGACCGACGUAUCAAGGACCCAGUCAUCAUCUAGCACAGCAGUAACAGGGCUAUCUUCAGAUCCGGAUAGCAACGGCGUCAGCUUAUCUGUUGGUGCUCAAGUUGGGAUUGGUGUCGGCGCGGGCCUGUUUGGUCUCUUAGGUCUCGGAUUAGCGAUCUUCUUUAUACUUAGAUACAGGAAGAAGCGUACGAACGGACAGGCCGCCAGUCAGCCUCCGCCCAUGCAGCAGCCUCCUCCAGGCCAGUAUCCAUUUCAUCAAUACCCUUAUAUGUCCGGUUCGGGACCUGCUGGACAACCGAUCCAAAUAUAUCCCCAGACUACCUAUCCAGGAUAUUCAGCCUAUGUCGACCCUAAAACUGGUACCACAACUUAUUAUUCCGCGGUUCCCCAACCUACGGAGUUAGCAGGCACUGCUAUCAACGGACCAAACACGCCUAGCAGCCAGGAAUUAUCAUCCGUCCCAGGGUCACAGCCAACUCAACUUCGAGAUUCUACGUUUUCUAACGGCCAACCAAUGCCGACGCACUCAGGUACCAAUAACAAUCCUUCUAUCAGUCACUAUGAAGCUUCCGGUGAGCUAGCAGUAGCUGAGAUGUCUGCGGAUGAGGGACUUGCGCAAUCUAUAGGAAGUACCGAUAAGCCGCAAGUGCAGCAAGAAAUGGCACAUCUGAUGGCUGAGCAAGCGAAAUUGGAUGCCAGAAGAACUCGACUAAUGGAAUUGGCUGACCUGGACGAAGAGGAACAACGGAUACGAACAAGAAUGCAACAACUCGGACAGGCAUAA